ACAGCCGUGAUUGGCGGGUGGGAUUCUACUUAAAACGUCCGACCUGUGCCGUCAGUGAUUCAGUCAACUUGUUGCUGUUCGUUAGAGUUGGCCGUCCUGGUUCGCGCUCCGUACUCACUCUCUCGCUCUCUCUACAUCGUUUUUAUAAGAAAUCCAACCGACAGAAUUUCUUAGUAUGUCUUUAGUCAACGGUUACACCUCCACCACCACCUCCUCCUCCUCUUCUUCUUCCUCCUCCCAGAGCAGCGCCAAGGGCAAGGAAUCAGUGGUCAUGAACGGCAGCGUUACCAACGGCGCCACCAUCCAGACGGAGAAGAGCAUCGAGGAGAUGAAAGGGCAGUUCCGCAACAUGAGGCUGGAAAGGAGGUCCUCCUCGUCUGUGGAAGCUUCUUCCAUUCCAGGACACGAGAAAUGCCCCUUCCACUUCGACCUGGAACUGGACCACAAACCUCCCACUCGUGAGGACAUGAUUCCCAACCUGGCGGCGAGUUACAGGUCCCUGCUGAAGGACCUGGGAGAAGACCCGGAGAGAGAAGGUCUCCUGAAGACGCCCGAGAGAGCUGCCAAGGCCAUGCUGUAUUUCACCAAAGGAUACGACCAGACCAUUGAAGACGUCAUGAACGGGGCCAUUUUCGACGAGGACCACGACGACCUGGUGAUCGUCAAAGACAUCGAGAUGUUCUCCGUCUGCGAGCACCACCUGGUGCCCUUCUGGGGCAAAGUCUCCGUCGGCUACCUGCCAAAUAAGAAGGUUGUCGGACUUUCCAAAGUGGCCAGAAUCGUCGAGAUCUUCAGCCGUAGAUUACAAGUGCAAGAAAGACUGACAAAGCAGAUAGCCCUGGCCCUGGUUGAAGCCAUCCAGCCUACUGGAGUUGGUGUCGUCGUUGAGGGAACACACAUGUGCAUGGUCAUGCGUGGUGUCCAGAAGGUCAGCUCGAAGACCACCACCUCCACCAUGUUGGGCGUCUUCAGAGACGACCCCAAGACCAGGGAGGAGUUCCUCACGCUGGUCAAGUAGGCCUACUUCCACAGGCCUCUUUUCGCGCGUGUCGGAGAGCUCAGGAUGUCAAAGGAUUGCAGACCGGAAAAGAAGAUGAGAAAAGAAGAGAAAGAGAAAUCAGAAGAAGAGAGCGUUUAAUUUUCUUCAAGAGGAUGGAACGUUUGCUUUGAAAAUUGGUUGUUUUUCUUUUGAUCGAGAUUGUUGCAGUGAAUGUCAUAGAAUCUGGGUUUGAAUUUGACGUGGAAAACAUAAUCUUGCAAUGGGUUUUAUUCCAUAUAUAUAGAAACUAAAUUCAUUUUCACGGAGAUAACAAUGUUCUGGAAAAACUAGAUCAAAAUUUAACACUGGAAACGGGACUUGGAAGUGAUAAUAGUGAGGUACGUGAAGUUCGAAAGGAGCGAAAGAGACGCGCAAGAACAGAAAAGAACAUGGAAAGAGAGCAAACAAGAAAGAAAAAGCAAUCCUAGUCGUUAAGUUGUUAUCAGUCACUUUAUCAAAAGUAGAUUUUCAUCAUAAAAUUCCAUUUAUUCAGUUCACAUUCCGAACUGUUCUCUUGUUUUUCUGAUCAUGCUUUCUUCACCUGGUAUUUCAUGGUUCUGAGAGUUUCUCUUGUUGAUUUGAGUAUUCGCUUUGCUUUAGUUGUUUUUUUAUCGUAUUUUUUUUUAUUGUUUUUCCUUUGUGUGAAACGGAAGCUUUAAGUAGAUUUGGUCUAUUAUAUAGGACACCGAUUAGAGGAUUUUAACUGGUUCUAUCUAAUUAGUAGAAAUCCCUUUUUGUUGGCCUUGAAUCCAGAUGGAGAACAAAUGGAAAGAACUUUUGAGGAUUCGAACCCCAAGAGGUUAGCCUGAUCCCUUCUGGACAACUUAGAGGGGUAUGGUAUCUGUGUUUGUUUUCUCUUUGGGCUCAAGGCCUGUAUAAAAGAUGCAUGAAGGAAUCGAGAAUGUAAGAUACCAUUACAAUAUAUAUAUCUAUAU